AGGAAAUCUACAUUGCCCAAAAUGCUGUACAGAAAACAACCAAUCAGAUAAUCUCAGUAGUAAUACACGGCUCUAAUUGGCUGCUGCAGAAAGGCGGGUCUAAUCUUCAGCGCCUAGGAAGAACAAGACGGCCAUCUUCGUGAGGUCGCAGGCCUUUGUGAUGCCCAGACACUGCUCUGCUGUAGGUUGCAAGUCACGGGACACAAAAGACGUUCGAAAAUCCGGAAUCACAUUUCACAGGUUGCCAAAAAAGGGAAACCCUCGCCGCACCACCUGGAUUAUCAACUCUCGUCGCAAAGGGCCUGAGGGAAAAGGACAGUGGGACCCCCAGAGUGGAUUCAUCUAUUUCUGCUCUAAACACUUCACCCCUGAUAGCUUUGAACUCUCUGGAGUCAGUGGCUAUCACAGAUUGAAGGAUGAUGCGAUUCCCACUGUGUUUGAAAUUGAGCCUCACAAGAAAGGCACUGCUGGGAAACGAAGAGGCAGACCUCGAAAUGUGGACAAAUGUACCAGCAUUAAGAACUCCACCAAAGAUGAAGCUUUUGAAAGCCCAGAGAUCUUCACCAAUGCAACUGUAGCAGACACAGACAAUGAGUGUGAAAAAGGGGAGGACCACCAAAGUCAGCCUCCUCCCCAGCCUUCAUCUGACGCUCCUCAAAACUCUGAUGAAACGACAUUAGAGGAUCAAACACCUGACCCCCCUUCUCCUCCACCUUCUCCUCGUCCACCUUCUCCAUCCUGCUACAUGAAGCGUCUCCCUCCACCUCCUGGCUUUUACUUGCCGAAAGAGCACAGCUACGCUCAGCUGUGCCCUCUAGUGUGGCGCAAGCGUUAUGACAAAGCCAUUGACAGCUUGGAAAAAGCACUGCGUCUUCUGAGUGCAGCCCGACGGAGGGAGAACCGCCUGCGUAAUGCACUGCUGCGCCUCAGAGAGAACCGACUAAAGAGCACUCUACUGCGUGCACGAGAUGGGGCGAAAGGGAAGGAGGUCAAAGGAGGAAGGUUUUCAAGUUGGGCUUCUCAAAAAGGACAGGGGGUGAAGGUGGACAGAGGUUGCAAUCUUGAGGGAUUGGAGGAAGGCACAAAUGAAGGCACAACUGAUGAAAUCGAUCUUAUAGCUGAGGGAUGGAACGGACAGACACAGACAAAAGGAAAAGUCACAGCAGAAGAAGAAGAAGGCUGCUGCUUUUAUUGCGGACGAGACAAUGAAGGAAACAAAGUAAGUGGGUAUAAGGAGGCACCUGUAGGACCUGAGGAAGUUCAAGGAUCCCAGGUGAAACAGAAACCUAAGAGAAUCCAAGAAGUCAAAACCAAAGCCAAAGUGAUCAAAGAGCAAAAGCCAGAGAUCUCCAGGACUGAUGUUUCCCCUGUGGAGCAACAAAGCUACUACUUGUAUUACUGUGAAAAUGCAGAGAACGAGGACGCGAUGCAGGUGGUAACGAUGGAAUUGCAACCACACCAACUGAGCACCGAAGACGAAGCAUCUCUCGAGCUCAACAGCACUGCAGAAGCGAUCCAGCAAGUCGCUCUACUGCAUCCAAACACUGACCUGCACACUGCUCCGGGACCUGUUCAGUACUCGGCAACGCUACAGGAAACUUCAGCGCCAUUCCAGCUGCAGCAAAUCCAACUGCUUCAGCCACAUCAAGGACUUUUUCUCCCUGACCUCGCCGCAAAGGAAAACAGCGAAAUGGAAGUCGAGCAGCAGCAUUUAUACUGGGUUCAGGACAGGAGUGAUGAGCAUGUCCUACUGAUGCAGGUUCCUGAAAGAACCGAAAGGAACCAAGUAGAUGUUGAGACUGUGAUUGAGACUUUGCAGCCUCAGGCAAUUUUGGAGAGAUUUCAGACAAAGAGCACUGAAGAAAGGGAUGUACUGACAGUCAAGUGUGAUUCCACUGCAUUGACGUCUGCGGGGUGGGAAAAUGGUCAUCUCUCACACCAAUCAGACCUAAGGGCCACAGCAGUUGGGGUCGAUGUCAGAGAAAGACUGAAGGAACAUUUAGAGGGGUUUCAGCUUCAGCUUAGCAGUGAAUUUAUAGAUUGAAUGACUCGACAGGACACGUUUCUGCUGUUGUAUCACAAUCAAAUGUGUUUUUUUUUUUAUUCUCCACUCAAAGAACAUUUACAGCAUUUUAAGUUGAAAUGUUUGAAAAACAUGUUUAGCAUUCUAUUCAUAUGCAGGCAGGAGGAUAUCAUUUACUAGUCAUUUUAAUUGAAAAGUCAUAAUUUAAUAAAACUCUUCGUUAUUAAAA